AUGGCCAUCUGGGCUCCGACUUCAAACCGCCCGCAGGGCUCCGGGCUUCAGCGGAUUGAGGCGCCCGUCACCAUGCGCGGCUACCUUCUCUGCGUCUUCGCUGCCUUUGGCGGCAUCCUCUUUGGAUUUGACUCCGGGUACAUCUCUGGAGUUCUCGCUAUGAAGUACUUCAAGCAGGAAUUUGGACGUCCGUCUACCGACCCCACUGCCUACCACGGUCACAUGUAUACCACUGGCGAGAAGUCUCUCAUCGUCUCCAUUCUCUCUGCAGGGACUUUCUUCGGCGCUCUCCUCGCAGGAGUUCUUGCGGACUGGAUCGGACGCCGCAGCACCAUCAUUGCAGGAUGCGCCGUCUUCUGCGCCGGCGUCAUUCUCCAGGUUGCUUCGACCACGGUCGCGCUUCUCGUCCCAGGCCGCCUGAUUGCAGGCAUUGGAGUUGGCUUCGUCUCUGCCACCAUCAUCCUCUACAUGUCUGAAGUCGCACCCAAAGCCGUCCGCGGCGCCAUUGUCUCCGGCUACCAAUUCUUCAUUACAGUUGGUCUCCUCCUUGCUGCCGUCGUCGAUCAGGCCACGCAGAACCGCAUGGACUCGGGCUCGUACCGCAUCCCCAUGGCCAUCCAAUUCCUCUGGGCUCUCGUCCUUGGCAUCGGUCUCUUCCUACUACCGGAAUCGCCCCGCUACCAUGUCAAGAAGGGUCACCAUGAAAGAGCUGCCACGGCAUUGGCAACGCUGCGUGGUCAGGCCGUGGAUUCGCAGUAUAUCAAGGAUGAGCUUGCUGAACUCGUGGCCACGUACCAGCUCGAGGCGCGGAUUGAGGGCGGCUGGCUCGACUGCUUCCGCGGCGGAUGGAAGCCUUCCGGGAAUCUGCGACGAGUGGUGCUCGGAAUGGCGAUGCAGAUGAUGCAGCAGUGGACGGGCGUGAACUUCAUCUUCUACUACGGCACCACCUUCUUCCAACAAGUCGGCCUCAAAAACCCCUUCGUCAUCUCCAUGAUCACCACCGCCGUCAACGUAGGCAGCACACCCCUCUCCUUCUGGACCAUCGAGAAGCUCGGCCGCCGCCCCUUACUCAUCUACGGCGCCAUUGGCAUGGCUACAUGCGAGUUCAUCAUCGCCGCCGUUGGCACUGCCGCCGAGGGCUCCCAGGCUGCAUCCUACUGCCUCAUCAUCUUUACCUGUGUGUACAUCUUCUUCUUCGCCAGUACGUGGGGGCCUGCUGCCUGGGUCGUCAUCGGCGAGAUUUUCCCGCUGCCGAUUCGAGCAAAGGGCGUCGCCUUGAGUACGGCGAGUAACUGGCUCUGGAACUUUGUGAUUGGGUAUAUCACGCCGUAUAUGGUUGACCCGGACGAGGGGAAUCUGAGGAGCAGAGUGUUUUUCGUGUGGGGCGCGACGUGUGCUCUCUGUGUAGUUUUUGCAUAUCUACUGGUGCCGGAAACGAAGGGGUUGAGCUUGGAGCAAGUGGAUCAGCUGCUGGAAGAGACGGUGCCGCGAAGGAGCGCUGCGUGGGUUCCUCAUGAGGCUUUUGCGGUGGGCGAGGGGGAGGCUGCUCUUCAUCGACGGGAAGGCGGGGUUGCUGGGCACCGAGACGAAGACUGGUAUACGGAAGAGGCUGAGUUCGGAGGGAGUGCGAGGUGGGAGCUUGGGUGGAUCGAACUGCUUGUAAUAACUCUUUGGGUCUUUUCUAGUUAA